ACCUUUCCUCCAUUUUAGUAGCUCUCACUUGCCAAAACCUGGCGUGAGCUGUAGUUCUUGGACCCAUUCUCACUUGGGUUCGUUCCCUUUUGGCAAUUGCUAUACCCUCUGGGUUGGUUUGGUUUAAUUCUCACUCCAAAAACAGAUAAAAAAUUAGGUCUUUUUCAUUAAUCAAACACAUGUAUUGCAGGGCUCGUGAAAAUUUUGAUUGGGUUUGCGUCGAUCGUGACAAAAAUGAACAAGAAGUGGAAGUUCAGUGGGUUGAAGGACCGUUUGGGGAUGCUGGGUAUGGUGGUGGUCUGCUUGUUGAUUCAGAAUUUGAGUUUUUGUUGGUCUUUGAAUGAUGAAGGUUUGGCGCUAUUGAGGUUUAGAGAUAGAGUAGUCAGUGACCCGUUUGGUGCUUUGUCGAAUUGGAACGAUGAUGAUGGAGAGGUUGACCCUUGCUCAUGGUUCGGGGUCGAGUGUGCAGAUGGAAAAGUUGUGGUGUUGAACUUAAAAGAUCUUUGUCUUGGUGGAACGUUAACACCUGAGCUCAGGAACCUUGUCCAUAUAAAGUCUAUUAUUUUGCGCAACAAUUCCUUUACGGGGACCAUUCCUGGAGGGAUCGGAGAGUUAAAGGAAUUGGAGGUGUUAGAUUUAGGAUACAACAACUUCAGUGGACCACUUCCGGCUGACCUUGGCAGCAAUUUUUCGUUGGCAAUCCUCCUACUGGAUAACAACAGGCUUCUUGGUAUCUUAUCUCCUGAAAUUCACAACCUGGAAAUUCUUUCCGAAUUUCAAGUUGAUGAGAAUCGGCUUUCUGGUGCAGGCAGAGAAUCAUCUUGCAAUGAAAGAUCCAUUUCAUGGAACCUCGCUCAUAUUGAACACUCUAUUCAUGGGAGAGUGCUCCGAGCAGCAACUGUCCCUCCUCUAGAGGCUAAAAAUUUGCUUAGCUCUGAUCUAUUUAAGCCCAACAAAACACCAACGCCAGAAGAGCCAGAACCUUCUGCUUCAGACUCAGGCCCAGAUGGUCCGGCAUCUUCCCCAAAUAGUGACGUUGCACCUGCACCAUCAUCCAACUCGAAUCCAACUUCCCCACCUACCCCACCAGCUUCCUCACCUUCACUUUCUGCUCCAGUAGCAAGCUCCAAAAGUUUCGCAUCAAAGAAUAAAGUCGCGCUAUUGACUGGAGGCACAGGCGUGGCUGUUUCUCUUGCAAUUUCAAUCAUUGUUAUGUAUCUCUAUAAAAGCAACAAGGUAGCUACUGUCAAACCUUGGGCCACAGGAUUAAGCGGACAGCUCCAAAAAGCCUUCGUCACUGGGGUACCAAAUCUUAAGAGAUCAGAGCUUGAAGCGGCUUGUGAAGAUUUCAGUAAUGUAAUAGGUUCUUCACCAAUUGGUACAGUGUACAAAGGGACCUUGUCUAGUGGCGUUGAAAUUGCGGUGGCUUCUCUUGUAGGGACAUCUGCUAAGUGUUGGUGCAGCAAUUUAGAGUUGCAGUUCAGGAAGAAGAUCAAAACAUUAUCAAAAGUGAGCCACAAGAAUUUUGUCAGCCUUAUUGGGUACUGUGAGGAAGAAGAACCUUUCACUAGAAUGAUGGUUUUUGAAUAUGCUCCCAAUGGGACACUUUUUGAGCAUUUACACAUAAAAGAAGCUGAGCACUUGGAUUGGAUAAUGCGAAUGAGAAUAGCAAUGGGAGUGGCCUACUGCCUCGAUUAUAUGCACCAGCUGAACCCGCCUAUAGCUCACAACAACUUGAAUUCUUCAUCUGUCCAGCUAACGGAGGAUUAUGCGCCAAAGGUCUCAGAAUAUAGUUUCUGGAACGAGACAGCUGAAGCUGAGAAAGAAUCACCUGGCAUAAAGCUUUUUAACACACCAUUAGCAAACAGAGAAAGUAAUGUUUACAGCUUUGGUGUCAUAUUGUUUGAAAUGGUAACAGGCAGACUUCCUUAUUCAGUGGACAAUGGCUCACUUGAAGACUGGGCUUCUGACUACUUGAGAGGUGAGCAACCCCUCAAAGAAAUGGUUGAUCCAACUCUAGAAUCUUUCCAAGAGGAGCAGCUGGAUCGAAUCGGAGAAGUAAUAAGAUCUUGCGUCCACCCCGACCCGAAACAAAGACCGCCAAUGAGAGAAGUCAGUGCAAGAUUGAGAGAAAUAACUGGAAUUUCACCUGAUGGGGCAACCCCAAAACUCUCCCCCCUUUGGUGGGCAGAGCUUGAACUGUUGUCUCCAGAUGGAAGCUAGAAGCUGAAGAGUCCUGAUUGUAAGUAUGAACAUGGGCACGUUUUCAUCUUCUGUAGCUGGCAAGGCACCAACUAAGCAGCACCCUUAAGUUGAUAGAGAUUUGUAUCUAUGGCAGGGUGAUAGAAUUCUACUUGUAUAUAAUCGAAAUAGGCUGGAAAACAUAGUAUUUUUGUUUAAUAGUAAAAUGUAAAAGAGGCAUAAAAAAUACAUGAACCUAUCAAUUAGUUUCUUUGUUCAUUCAUCUAUGAUGAACUUAAUGAGAAAGCACCUUUCAGAAGGCCAAACAUGAGUUUUGGAAA